GAGGACAAUUCUUACUUGCGGUUAGGAGUUUUAGACAAUUUUACACUUUUGAUUGACGGGAGAGGGAGGAGGAGCGACUGCGAGUUCGGGGUGCCGGGAAACUACAGAUUGCGCAAUGCCUCAACGCAGGUGCGCCGGUUCCUCGGACAGUCGCAUCUUAUGGAUGCUUUGACGAAAAAUAGAACUGACUUUCAAGCUCUUCGAGCUAAAUUUCAGGAGCAUGAUGUCAGAAGAAACAAACCCAAUGGUAACUUAAAAGUAGCAGAGUCUGAGAGUUCUCGGGCACCUGAAACAACAGCACUUUCUGGUUCUGAAACUGAACUAAAUAUAACCAAGAGUAACAAUGUUGAAACAGUUCGUCCUCACAAUGCUGCCAUUCAACAGUCCGGUGCAAAAUCUCGUGCUUCUCCUGAAGAUCUUACCAACUCCAGUCAGACAUCAGUAGAUAUUCAAGCAUCAGAAUUCAGAAUGUUUGAAGAUAAUCAAGGAAGUAACCAAGACAGCAAACUCGCAUUUAAGGAAAAAAUAAGUACUUGGGAGAAUUCUUCAUGUUGUGAUACAGAAGCUGGCACACCGAGUCAGAAGUUAAAAUGCAGUACACUCCCUCCUGCAUUAGUAAACUUGAGACCAAAAGCUUUGCCUGAAACUCCUUACAAGGUCACUUACCUUAGAAGAGGCAAUCAAACAAUGGGUCCAAGGGAGAAGAUAUCUGGUGUCAAGAAUGGCAGAACACUCCAGUUUGAGGAGCCAACUUCAGUGAUUCAUAGCUGUGAAGAUUCUCAAGUAGCUAUUAAUUCUAAACUAUCUGUCCCAUUUUCAGAACCAGAAAUCGAUCUUUCUACUCCUCAAUAUGAACAAAAAAGAUUCAAACCAGAUAAUGUUCUCGAAUCAGGGUCUUGGGACCUAUUGAGAUUGGAUAACUGUGAGAGAUCAAAACUCUCGGAUGAUAAAAGGGGACAAAAUGUCACGGGGAGAGAGCAUCAGCAUAAAUCCAUGCGGAUCCAGGAACUGCCAUCCCUUGAAGUAUUGGGACCUCCUCCUGCGAAGCCACCCAGACCAUUCACAAUGGAUCUCAGUAUAUUAGAGAACAUAAGAAUGGACAGUUGUUGUCCACGGGAAUCCUCUAGGGAUAAUGACGCAUCUACAUCACCCAAAACACAGCCAGAAAAAGAAGACAGUCUAAGCACUGAAAGCAAUGUGCAAGAAGCAGAUAAUGAGAAGAUGCAACGUCACAGAGAAAUAGAGCUGGAGAAGAAAUUGAAAAACCAAGCAACCAAAGAUAAAGGAUUGAACCAAGUUAAGGAAUAUGAAAAUAAAAAUCUGAGAGAAUUACAGAAAAAAUUCAAUCUGACAGGUUCAGAGGUUCCAAUAUAUAAAGUCCAAAUACAGGAGUAUUUAAAAGGCGGGAAAUUGAAUCUGAAAGUGAAACCUGGUGAAGUGGUGGAAAUCAUACGAAUGGUUGACUGUCCUGCUGGGAAGUGGUUAGCUAAAGCCCAGGAUGGGAAUUAUGGCUAUAUCCAAAUUGAUGCUGUAAAAAUGAAUAAUGUUGAAAUUAAAGAAAUUAGUAAUAGAAUGUCAAAAUCUCUACAGAUGGUUGAGGAGAUAUAUGAUGAUGUUGGACUGCCUGAUAUGACUACUGAGCAUUCUAUUAAAAUGUUAAAUAGCAUUGAACAUGAACCAUGCCAUGAAACAUCAGAUACGAAAAAUGAAUGUGAGAAAAACAGGUCAGUAGUGAUGGGUCAGGAGACUGGAGAACAAUACAACACAAAAACGAUGAAUCGACUGGCUAAAAUAUUACACAUAGGAAAAGAAAAGAAGAGAAAAAGCCAUGAAAGCAGUCCUUCGCAGCAGUAUGAAUAUGGAUUGGCAUCAAAUGCUUACGAUGAUAUAAUAAGUGAGGUGAUGAAAUCUCCUGUUGACAGAAGAUCACAGAUCCAUUUUGCUGAUAAUGAAGUACUCCAUGAGGAAAUAUAUGAUGAUGUGGAAGCGGCUAGCUCUGAAACUAUAAAAAGAGACACAGUAAAAGAAUUGGAAACAUUGUUCAAGAAAGAGAUUGGUGACAGACGAAACGAGAAGAAAAUAAAGAAAAAAGAUAAAUCACUGGAUCAUCUCAGUGUAAAUUCAGGAUCAGGAUCCACUUUAUCUCUAACUAACUUGGACAGUGAUGAGAAUAGUGUGUACGAGGACAUUCCCAAUGCUAGGGAACUCAGUGAUUCAGAAAGCAAAAGUUCUAAAUCAGACUCAACUAAAAAAAGCUGGGGAAAAGUCUUCUGGAAGCGUGGAGAAAAUGCAAAGAAGACAGGAGAGAUGAAGUUAGAAGAAGGUGAAAGACUGGACUUCAGUAAUGAAGAGUUCUUCACAAAGGAUGUUAAAUCACCCAGGGAAAAAAUGAAAGGAAUAUUCAAAAUCAAAAGGAAAGAUCUAAGUGGAGAAAAGGAAUCAAAACUAAAUGAAAUGAAAAUGUUAAAUGAGCAAGAAUUUAGAGAAAAUUUUAAUUACACCAAGGAGAUUGUUGUGGAGAAUGUUGCAGUUGUGGAGCAGAAUGUCGUGCAAGAGCAGGAAGGAUCCUUAUAUUUACCGGUAAAAUCUGGAGAGAAGCUGGAAGUAAUAGAUAUCGGAGAAGACAACCUAAUAAUUUGUCGGAAUGCUUACGGUAAAUAUGGUUAUGUCCACGUACGAUAUUUGACAUUUGGAACCUGAGUUAAAGUGGAUACCUUGCUUCAAAGAACUUUGUCUUUGAAUUAUUGUAUUUUAAUUUUAUGUAAUAUACAAUUUCUUUCUGAAUUUUAUAAAGUUAGUUUCAAUGCACAACCACCUCAAUAUACUGGAAUGUUUCUUUAAUAAUGCCAUUAAAAAUAUUUUUUGGGAUUCGCAUUUAAAAUAAAUUAUUGGAAACAGUAGCUG